AUGGGCGCAAGUGGGGUGCAGCGACAUCUGUCAGAAGAAAAGGAACUAAAGCUUUUGCAAAGGAAGGAGAGAGAGCGGUUCGAGAGAGAAUGUCUGCGUGCGCGCAACACCGGUUCACAUCGCAUGCUGCUCUCGAGCCACUCUGUUGAAUGUAAUUCCAGCAGUAUCGUUUUCGCAAGGACCAUCAGUGCGGACCACAAAGACCUGGUGCACGAUGUUGCCUUUGACUUUUAUGGAAGAAGGGUUGCCACCUGCUCCAGCGAUCAAACGGUCAAGGUUUUCAACUUGGGUGAUGAUAAUUCUUGGCACUGCACUGCUUCAUGGAAGGCCCACAGUGGGUCAGUUUGGAAAGUGACUUGGGCACACCCCGAGUUUGGCCAAGUUUUGGCCACAUGCUCCUUUGACCGUACUGCUACUGUGUGGGAAGAGAUAGUGACAUCUGCUUCAUCAACCCAGCAAGCACAUCCUACCCACUGGGUGAAGAGAACCAGUUUAGUGGAUUCCAGGACCUCAGUGAAUGAUGUGAAGUUUGGACCAAAACACCUUGGACUGCAAUUAGCCACCUGUUCUGCCGAUGGAAUAGUGCGCAUUUAUGAAGCACCAGAUGUUAUGAAUCUCAGCCAGUGGUCUCUCCAGCAUGAAAUCAAUUGCAAACUCCAGUGCAGUUGUAUUUCAUGGACUCCUCUGAAGACUUGGUCCAGUCCACCAAUGAUAGCAGUUGGGAGCGAUGAGCCAAAUUUGACGGCAGGCCCCAAGACCUUCAUCUAUGAGUUCCAGUGCACCGAUAGUCCCCAGUGGGUACGUGUGGACAGCCUGAAGGAAGUCACUAGUCCUGUCCAUGACCUUUCUUUUGCCCCAUGCUUGGGAAGGUCCUUCCACAUACUGGGAAUUGCUUCCAGAGAUGUCCUCCUCAUCAAGAUCAAGCCCUUGCCGAAGGAGACUUCACAAGCUUCUGGGGAGACCUCAAGUUCCAAAUAUGAGAUAACCAUCCUGGCCCGGCUGCCAGACCAUCCACCAACAGCAUGGAGAGUAGCUUGGAAUCUAACAGGCACUAUUCUAGCAUCCACUGGAGAUGAUGGCAACAUGAGAUUAUGGAAAGCCAACUUUGAUGGGAGAUGGGAAUGCAUAUCUGCCCUCAAGGGAGAUGGUUCCCGAUUGAAUGAGGCACCAGCUCCACCUCUUCCAGCCCAAAGCAGUGGCACUAGCCUUUCUGAUAUUGGAUCAAUGGGCAAUGCCAAAUAUUACAAACUUGGUGGUAUCUCUCACAGAGAACAAGUCAUUUGGCAUUGACCUGGUCCAUUUUUGUGACUGUGAUCAUUUAUGUUGCCUGUUUGCUCUAUAUGUCUGGAUUGAUUUCAUGUGUUCGCAUUCAUUCAGUAAUGUAAAAUAAAAGGAAACUUUUGAGAAGCA